AUGGCUGAUCCUCUGCGGAGGACUUUACUAGCGAAACUCCGGGGGAAGAAAUCCAGGAAAGGAGCGACGGUCGGCGGUGGAUACGGCUCUCCUGCUGCUGCCGCUGCGGUGAAUGGGGGCCGAGAAGGUAAAGAAAAAGUUUUGCAAAAGCAGCGAGACUCCGAUGAGGCUCGCUCCAUAGUCUUGUUCGCAGAUCUGGAUUGCAUGCCAGAGAGAAUGAGUACGUACGAGAAUUAUAUUGACGGCGCUGGGGUGCAGACAGACGGGGUUAUUGCAGUAGCGCAGAGUCGCGCAGCGCAGUUGGCCGGCUCACGUCCCCGAGAGCGAAGCCGCGGGGGCAGGGUUCGGGUUAAUGAGGAGCUCCUGGGGGUCCCACUUCAAAGAGACUUGCCGUUUUGGGGGGAUGCUUUUUGGGAGGGUGAUAGGAGAAAACCGGGGCACAGGUCCGCUGACAGAGUCACCGCGGGUGUUCCACUCCCUGGACCGCAUGUGCAGAGAAAACACUGUAUUUCGGUCGGAGAUUCAAUCGGGUUUGGGGACAGUUCAAAUCCAGUUUUAAGCAGAACGCAGGUACAGGCGCAUGUAGGGGAUGGGAGACCAUCAGAGGGCCGGUUUAAAGGAGCUGAUGGCGAGGUUAGAGAGCCCAAAGACAGAGGGUGCUCCCGGCACAUGGUAGGGACUGUUCUGGCCGUGCGUGAAAGCAAUGCCAACUGGAGUUUUGACAGCAGACCGACUUUGGAGACAAACGCACGAAAUUACGCACGCGUGUGCCCAAACCGCAUGUUAAAGAACACCGAAGAAAACGCCGUAAUCAGAAAUAUUGAGAGCUACGAUCCUGACUAUGCCGGGGACGUUAGAGGUGGUCUGCUGAGUCCCACUUUUUUCCCCACUGAGUUAGAAAUAUGCGACGUGAACAUGGCAUCCCUGUGCGCCACAGAGCCCUCACUCACAUACCCUUUAGACAGCGAAGAUGACGAUUACUACGAUAAUGAAAUUCUGCCCUUCUACGAAACAAUCAGACCAAUGACUGACGGUGAGAGAGCAGAGACUGUAGAGCUCACCCAGCCUGGUCAGGAUAAAGGACGGGCUGGUGAUAGUAACAGUGCCCAGGAAACAGACAGGCUUAGGAACCAGCUGAAAGAGGCUUAUUACCUUCUUAUCAAUGCUAUGAAUGAUAUCAACAUGGAUGUCCAGCAGAUCGGUGGUGGUUUAACCGAGCAGCAGGCCACCUCAUCGUGUAGCAGCCCGUCCAGGGACAGCCUGUGCUCCAGGUUGUCUUUGAAAAACAGGGACAGUGACUCCUGGUCGUCAGGAGAGGACCAAAGCCCUCAGCAGGUGUCAGACACCGACUCACUGCUGCUCUGUCUCACUGGGAUUGUAGAGGUAGGACUCAAAGGCAGGCUGAAGAGUAAGAGCAUGGCGAACUUGUCUUUCACCAAAAAACCUACUUUGUCACGCUCUACAAGCGAUGGAGAGAUUAGGUACCAGGACGCCUUCUCAGAGAGUGUUCAGGCUUGUGGAACGCAAAGUGCUGAAAUCUGUGAUGAUCAAGAAGCUGAACGAGGUGAAGGAGGCACAGAAGCAGGUGAGCUGUCUGAACCUCGGGUGUUCUGCAGUGCCGUCAGCAACGAGGAGCUGCUGCAAGAUGAUGGCGUUGAAGAAGAACGGGGCGGGCAGCUGAAUGAGAGCCGUGGCUCCAUCAACAGCAUCACAAGUUCCUCAGACAGCAACACCGAGAAGGCAACACAUCAGAGUCACGACAACAAGCAGGAUCUGACUGAACUCCAGACACAGGUGGCCAACUCGGUCAACAAAGGUCAUGGUGUCACUGUCAACAAGAUGCAAGAGUGGAUGCACAAAGGCCGCAUGCUGUCUUCUGAAAUGAAGCAGCGCAUUGAAGGCUCAUCUUUGCCCCGCGGUGGAGGCCAGAGCCAGGACCGGUCCUGUCCUCAGGUUAACCCAGGAGGCUGUAAACCAGGGACCCAGACAUCCAGCCGAGCGGGUAAAUCUGUCAAGGCCAAGUCACAACAGCACCAGCAGCAGCAGCAGCCAGCUUUCAUUGAGAAUGUCCAGACCUCCUGUGCUAAUAGCCGAGAGGCAGGCAGGACCAACGAGAGUUCAUCAUGGAGGCCACAGCUCACCACCAUCACUGUCUCCAAGAAGCGCAACUGGUUGCAGCAGAGCUCACUUGGGAAGAAUCAGUGCACUAAGGAUGAGCUUCAGGGAAUGCUGGGAGCCGACGAGGAGGGCAGCCAGGGUUUCCAUCAGCCACUUCCUUCUCCUAGUCCCUCCCCAGACCAUCUGAGGCCCUCAAGGGGAGCACCCCCUAGGCCGGUUCGCCUACAGCUGCCUCAGGUCAGCGUUAGUCCGGCAAAAGUGUCUCCUCACCCUCCUAGCAUGGACCCAGCUGAGGAAAACGAUGCAGAUGACGAAGGGGAAAUUUGGUACAAUCCCAUACCUGAGGAAGAUGAGCAAAACAAUUCUGAUCAACGCUCCCGAGGGCUGACCGCCCCUCCUCGAGCUGAACCCCAGAGGAGGUCCAGCAAAGGGACUGAUUUGGUUCAUGGUGGCAAGUCCCUAGAUGGAUCCAGCUGUGGAGGGCCAGAGGCCCUCGUGGAAAGCCUCGGUGGUGGUUCAGGAGAUGCAAGUCAGGGGAAUGCUGUGCAUUCCACAGAAGUACUACAUGCGCACAGGCAGAUGCUCGCGUGCAAACCUCAGGAGGAGGGGGGGCCUUCCAGCAGCAGACCCACAGAUUGUCUUGACCUGCCCAACACCGCCAGCUUUUCACCUCCCUCCAGCCCAAACCCGGCCAAGAAGAGCAGCUCAAUCAACUGGUCCUUCCCAGACAAGAUCAAGUCCCCACGUACCGUCAGGAAGAUCUCCAUGAAGAUGAAGAAACUCCCAGAGCUAAGCCGUAAGCUCAGUGUCAAAGGGACCCAAAACAACAGCAGCAGCAAUGGAAGCAGUCAGCUAGAACCGAGGGCCCAUUCUCCAAAAGCAAAUGGCAGCAGGUCAGAGGUUGUCUUGCAGACUUCAGGGCCUCCUCGGUUAGCUUCAUCUGGGGGUGGGCAGGCUAGCCGUAAUGUGAUCUCACGCUACCACCUGGAUAGCAGUGUGUCCACACAGCACAGCUUUUAUAAGAAGAAAAGCACUGGUAGCUCAAAGUCUGCCAGUAAAGGUGGCUACCUCAGCGAUGGUGACUCGCCAGAGCUGGUGGCCAAAUCUGGCAAACAUGGGUCUGGAGAGGGGAAGGGAGGAAAAGGCAAGGAUACAGAAGGAGGAGGUGGAAACUCCAGAAUCAACGGCACAGAGCUGGACAUUGAUGCUUUCCGUCAUUACAGCUUCUCAGAGCAGCCCAAGUGCAGCCAGUACAUCUCAGGACUGAUGAGUCUGCAUUUUUAUGGUGCAGAGGACCUCAAACCCCCACGUAUUGACUCUAGAGAUGUCUACUGUGCCAUCCAGGUGGACUCGGUUAACAAAGCACGAACCGCUCUCCUCACCUGUCGAACGACCUUUUUAGAUAUGGACCACACCUUCAACAUUGAGCUGGAGAAUGCCCAACAUCUGAAGCUGGUAGUGUUUAGCUGGGAGCCCACACCCAGACGCAACCGUGUUUGCUGCCAUGGCACAGUGGUACUGCCUGCUCUCUUCAGAGUGACACGUUCCCACCAGCUGGCGGUAAAGCUGGAGCCACGUGGGGUUAUCUAUGUCAAGCUGAGUCUGAUGGAGCAGUGGCAGAACUCAUUGAACGGUGGUCCAGAUGGAGACAGGGAGCCACAGGUGUUUGGUAUGGAGGUGUGGCGAGUGGUGGAGACGGAAAAUACAGGGCUGAUGGUACCACUUCUUAUAAGCAAAUGCAUCAAUGAAAUCGAGAGGAGAGGCUGUCAGGUGGUGGGUCUCUACCGUCUGUGUGGUUCGGCAGCAGUAAAGAAGGAGCUGCGUGAGGCGUUUGAGAGAGACAGCCACGCUGUGGAGCUGUGCGAAAACACGUAUCCAGACAUAAACGUCAUUACAGGAGUGCUGAAGGACUAUCUACGUGAGCUGCCCUACCCUCUGAUCAACAAGCAGCUAUAUGAGGCAGUGUUGGAGUCUAUGGCUGCGAGGCCUCUGCGGAUGGGAGCGUCUGGGUGUGAGAAUGACCAGGCCGACUCUGAACACACCGUCAGCCUGCUGGAAAACCUGCCAGAGGUGGAGAGGAUGAUGCUGCGGAAGCUUCUUGACCACCUGAAGCUGGUGGCAUCCUACCAAGAGAUGAAUAAGAUGACAUGCCAGAACCUAGCGGUGUGUUUCGGCCCGGUGCUGCUGAGCCAGCGUCAGGAGGCGUCCUGCCACACCAACCGAGUCUUCAUCGACUCUGAGGAGCUGGCCAGCGCGCUGCACUUCAAAAAGCACAUCGAAGUACUGCACUACCUGCUCCAGCUCUGGCCAGUUGUGGACCCACAUGGCCAGUCCUCUUCUCAGCCCCCAGCACCCUCUCUGGUUCCAACUUCUUCUGACCUGCGGACAGCCCCCCCUCUGCGACGGAGAAAAGAGCGCCCUCAGGUGCUGAACCUCACUGGAGCAGAGAUGGCGGGCGUUCUGCGACCCAAACCAGGGCGUCUGGACAGCCCCAGCAACCGCUAUGCUGGUGACUGGAGUGGCUGUGGUGAGACGUACUUCCCUUCUGAAAUGUUGUUACCUUCCAGCAAAGAAGAGGCAGACUAUGACGACGUUCCCUCAGAAGACACUGAGGCAACUGAGGAGGUCCAGGAGAAGCAAGAGGAAGCAAAAGACGGCAUACAGCUCAAGGUUGAUUGUCCUGUGUCUGAUACCGCAGAUGAAGAGCAACCUCAGAGAAGGGAGGUGGUAAAGGAGGAGGAAACACGGGAGGCGGUGGAGGAGCAGGAGAAGCUAAUAGAAAGUGACAGCUCAAACAGUGGACACCCAUUAGAGGAGGAGGAGCAAGAACACAAGGUGUGUAACCACAUCCUGCCACCUCGGCUACCUAAAGAGCACACUUACCAGGCCUACAUGAAGAUCCAGGAUAUCAGUCCUGUACUGAGCAACAGGGUGAACCUGAGGGACCUGCAAGAGAGCAUCGACACUCUGAUAGGAAACCUGGAGAGAGAGCUCAACAAAAACAAGCUCAACGUGGGAUACUAACUCCUAGACACAGAUACGCAGACAUAUCCACCCGCACCCCCAUGAAGCUCGAUAAGGUUUGGAACAGAAUCUCUUUAUCUCUGAAGGUGCUUUGGGAUACAGCCAUGGAGGUCUUGUGACGUCACCAUGGCAGCAUGGUGCACGGUACUGCUGCUGCAAAAUCCUAGAAGAUGAGAUAAGAAAUGUAACAGGGCACUUGUGGCGUUUGUACCAUAUCCACAAACAUUCCGCAAUAUUCUCCUUUUAUUUUGUUGGCUGAUUAAACUUUAUGUUGUGUGGUUUUGUUUUAGUCCAGUUCUGUGUUCCAUGUUGUUAUUGUUGCUUCUCUUCUUAUUAGAAGAACCCAAUUACCCCUCAGGGGUUUAAAAGGUGCCUUAAUUGUGUGAAGGUGGUACGUCAAGAGGAAAGUCUACCCUGAAAUAUAACACAUCACCUCCGAGGAUCUGGGCCUGUGUAGAUAAAGAGAAGGGGUUUUCAAGAGCCUUUCUUACAAAAAAAAAAAAAAAAAAAGCUAUAGUGCAUUUUAAAUUCAGCAGGUGCACAUCCAUUUUUAGAACUCUGGGGCUCUCUAACAAAAUUUGGCCCAGUCUGAAUAGAGAACUUGCAAAUUUAGUCACUUUCAGACCUACUUUUGGCAGUUAAUUUAGUAAAACGAACCAAGAUCGUUGGAGGAACGUGUACACUUUGUCUUAGGGUGGAUUUCCUUUUUAAGGCAGUAAAGAGCUUUUUCUAUUGAGGUAUAAAACACUAAAUGUUAUACAACAACAAUGCACUUAAUAGGCAGGCAGUAGUGUAGAUUAUCAUCAUGCAGUAAAAAGUCUGUUCUGAACUAAGGGGAGAAACUGCCGCCACUUAAACCUCCUCUAUGUUCAAAGUCACACCUAUGCUUACGGCUAAACAUACAUUUUGAACAGAUUUUGAUUUUAAGCAGAAUUGGUGUUUCAUGUAGUGUUGCAGGUUUGGUAAAUUCACCUUCUUGCCCAGGAUUAGAUGAAAAGAUUGAUACUACCCUCAUGUCUGUAAAUGAAUAUAAGCUAGAGUCAGAAAGCGGUUAGCUAUGCUAGCUUAGUGCAGCUAAGGUUAGUGUAGCUAAGAUAGCUAUGUUCUUGAGAAAAUAGAGUAGCUUGGUUGAAAAAAAAACCAUGAAUAAAUUUAAAAAAAAAACAUCCUAAAAUGUUACAGGUCAUAAUUUACAAAAAUAUAGAUUAGCAAAGACGCGAACGUGGUAUCAACUUUCUCAUCUACCUUGAUGCAAGAACAUAAAGAAGCUUGUUAUUUCUAAGCUGGUUAUUUCUAAGUUGUUGGGGUUUUAUUGUUAAAGAAAAAAAAUGAAAUAAAAUAAUUAAUUUGAAAAAAACACAUGGUCAAAAACAGUGAAAUAAACAAUGUGAAGCACAUCAUGUAGAUCAGCAGCGGAAAUAAAAAUGGCGGGCUCAUCCAGUUAGUUCAAAAUAGCUAGCUGCUUAAAAAGACAAAGGACGUUUUCAGCAAUCCAGGGAUUCAGAAUGAUCAGUAUUUAACCUAUAUGUAUAUGUAUAUAAUUAUAUAAAUGUAUUCGGAAUAUAUUAUUUUUACAGCUUAUAUUUCAAUGGCGUAUUUAAAUACUUCUUAUGACCUCCUAGUGUUGCCGUGUAGCAAUAGUUGCUUCUUUCUCUUAAAGCUACCUGUACACAUCUUAAUGUGCUGGACUAAUGGUACAACUUUAGCUGUAAAAUAUAUGGUACAAUCGUGCUCUUGCAGAAAAAAGUGAUAUUGUUAUUUUUGUGAUAUUGUGUAUAUAUUUGACAUUGUUUUAUGUCUCUGGUGGACUAAGGCGUGCUAAUGAUUUUUUGGCGGGUUUUUUUUUUUUUAAGGUACUGAACGUUGCAUGGUCAAAAGCUUUACUGACAUAAGCAAGGCUCUGUCUCAUCUGCCUUUGUAUAUCAUAUUUAUGUGUAAAAUAAGAUUAUUUUGUAACGUAUGCGCAUUUGUUUGACCCCCGUUCCUUUGUAAGACACAUGACAGCAUUGUCCAAGCUUUUUUCCAAAGGACUUAGAGGCAGGCGGUUUAUGAAACGCAGAAACUGGUAACGAUUUUUUUUUUCUUUUAAACUCCAGCAACAACUGUAAAAUGCUUUUACUGAUUGAAAGUCAAUGGUUUAAUUGCACUGUUAUUGUUAUUAGUAUAUUUGCUAAAUCACUUUUGGGUUAAUUUUAUUUUAGGAGGAUUUCUAACCUAAAAUAUACAGAAUAAGAAUAAGUAAAAUAGUCUUCAAAAUGGUUUCACUUAUACAUUGAGUUUGUUGUUUGCCCUCCUGCAUGGUGUUUUUGCACAGUCCUGCUGCUUCAUGGUGAAGCUGGGCUGCUGCUGAGCGGAUCUGUUGAAACUGGGUUUCAGCAGGGUUCCUUUCAAACCAUCUGUCUGUGCAGGCAACACACAAAGAACCAGGGCCUCAUUUAUAGAAGCCAUUGUGAAGAAUCAGCUAAGGAUUUUUUUUUUUAAUGUAAAGAUUGUCCUUUAAAUCUGACGUGCAUUCUUGCUUACAAUGACCCAGUUUCCCUAAUAGGAUCUCAAAUUAUUACUCAAAGGAUACACAGAGCGCGCAGAUGCUUUUAUGGUUUCAACUCAACAAUCAAAUAGAAUGAAAGUAAACUGUGACGCUAAUGGCAGAACUCAAGUCUGUUUCAGAGCUAACAUGGAGAUGCAAGUGCAGCGACUGAGUCAUUAUCUGACCUCCUCAUUUCCCACCUCCUUCUCCUUCCACACAACAAACAAACAAAAAUCAUUUCUGUCUGAUCCUCUUUGUCCUUUGGAGGAAAAAGUGCCACAUUCAAAGCAUCACUAAACAAAAAUAGAGAAGUGCUUUGUAUUGAUCCUGAGAAAUGUAUGGUCAUAAUAAAGUAUGUUAUUUUACGUUCA